GCCCACCGGAGAGGGUCUUGUGAGUAGUUUGUAGCCGGCGAUGGCGGCCGGGAUGGACGAGGAGAGCCUGCAGGACCUGUAUGCUUGGGUGGACACCAUCCAUCUGUCCAGGGCCAAGCGCAACAUCUCCAGGGACUUCAGUGAUGGAGUUUUAAUUGCUGAAGUGGUCAAGUUUCAUUUCCCCAAGCUGGUUGAGAUGCACAACUAUACACCAGCCAAUUCAACACAGCAGAAACUGAACAACUGGGCUCAUCUGAACAGGAAGGUUUUCAGUAGACUGAACUUCUACAUUCCCGAUGACGUAGUUCGUAAGGUUGCCCAGUGUUCUCCAGGCGUUGUGGAGCUCGUGCUGAAUACAUUACGGCUCAAGAUUGAGGAGAAGCUACAACAGAAAAAGAAUAAAGUGGCUUUAUCACCACAGGACCUUGAGUAUUAUAAUACAGCAGUGGAGCAAGACUCAGGUUUUAUUUCUAUGUUCAGUCCAAUAAAGGCACCUGGAUAUGCACAAAAAAGUCAACUUAGCCCAGAGAUCCGCAUCUUGAUGGAGGAGAAGGAACAGGCGCUGUUGGCCUUUCAGGAAACUGUUCAGAUACUUCAGGUGAAAGUUCGCCGACUUGAGCAUCUUCUGUACCUGAAAAACGUUCGAAUCGAUGACCUUACACGACGUGUGCAACAAGCUGAACACAGAUAA